AUGAUGAACAUUAAGUUGUUUACUAUUAUGAGUUUAAGCAUAACUAUAGCUGCGUCUUUAUCACUCCAACACCCACAGUGUCCAGCAUCAUCCGAAGGACGUUGUAUGGAUGAAUUUCGUAUUAAUUGUGUUAAUAAUACAGGCAUAGACGAUUCCGAUCGAUGGUGUUGUCCUGGUCUAAUAUGUCUGCCAUUAACUAUAUCUGCCACAGAUACACAAGCACAAUACAUUACAAAUCAGUGUGUUAAUUCAUCAUCAUCUUAUAAAAAUCAAGAAUUGAACAUGGAAAAAGAAAUAGAAAUAGAAAUAAAUUCAAUAUUGAAUAUAAAAGCAUCUCUACCUGUUCCACCCAUAUUACCAUCAAUCUGGAAAGCUUUAAACACAACUUCAUAUAAUAUGUCAGACGAUACAUUUAGUAAUGGAUCGUUUUAUUUUAAUCAGGACUAUGAUGGUAUUAGAAUAGAUUAUUAUCCUUCGUGUGCAUUCUUACAGUUAUGGCAGAAGGGUAUUGAUAGUAACUAUGCACCUUGUAGUGUAUUAUUUUAUAAAAGAUAUAACUAUUUUAUAUAUGAUGUACUGAGAAGCAAGGCAUGUGGGAAAUAUUAG